AUUUUUCUCAUGAAUAUGUGCAGUAGCUUUGUCUUGACAAAAUAAUUGAACAAUUAUUUUAGUGUUCGCUAAAUAAAAUUUGACUAAACAUGGUAUAAAUCUAUAAAGAAUCAUGAAUCCUAAACAUACAAUAAGGAUCACAGUGGUGGGUGAUGGUGAUACGGGAAAGACAUGUAUGUUGAUAGUUUAUAAAGAUAAGAAAUUUGAUGACAGAUAUGUACCAACUGUAUUUGAUGUAUACUCAAUGCUUAUUCCGAUUAAUGGAGUCGAAUAUAAAGUGAUACUAUCUGAUACUGCAGGUCAAGAAGAGUUCGAUAAACUGAGACGAUUAGCUUAUAAAGAUGUGGACUGCUUUAUCGUGACAUACGCUGUGAAUGAAAAGACUUCCUACGAAAACGUUUUCUUAAAAUGGGCUCCAGAACUCAAGAGGUUCUCGCCAAAAGCCAAAAUAAUUCUUGCGGGAACGAAAAUGGAUCUUAGAAGGAAUCGGCCCUCACAUAUCACAACUGAGCAGGGGAAGAGUUAGCUAGAGACAUUAACGCUCACGGUUUUAUUGAAAAUUCAUCCAAGACUAUGAGUUUUAUAGAUGCUACAUUCCAAAUGGCCAUUUCGGCAGUUAUGUAUAAUAGAAAUUACCUUAAAGUAAAACGGGAAUCAUCGUGUAUAUGUUUAUAAAAUAUGAAUAUAAUUUUAAGGGUAGAAACUAUAAAUUAUUUUCAAUUAAUCUAUUGAUGCACAUUAUUAAAAUACUACCGUUAGAAAAAUUACGUUUUACUGAGGUUAACGUAUUAUGUGUAUUAAUGUCUUUAUCUGUAAUUUAGGUAUAUUAUUAAUGGCAUUGUUUAAAUAAAGGAUUUCCUUCGUAA